AUGAAGACUUCCUCCAUCGCCGCAGCUUUGGCUGCUGCUACUAUCGUGAAUGCUACUCCGAGAGACCUGGUUGCACGCGCGUCCACCCUUCCCGCAAUCACCGUCAAGGGAAACGCGUUCUUCUCCGGAGACAGCAGAUUCUACAUUCGUGGUGUGGACUAUCAACCUGGUGGAUCCUCUGACCUCGUCGACCCUAUCGCUGAUGUUGCAACCUGCAAGCGUGAUAUCGCUUAUUUCACCAAGCUGGGCAUUAACACCGUCCGUAUCUACACCGUCGACAAUACGGCAAAGCAUGACGAGUGCAUGUCCUUGUUGGCUGCUGCUGGUAUCUACCUGGUCCUCGAUGUCAACACCCCCCUCUACUCCCUCAACAGAGCCGACCCCCACCCAUCUUACAACGCUGUCUACCUCCAGAAUGUCUUCGCGACGAUCGAUGCAUUUGCGGGCUACACCAACACCUUGGCAUUCUUCUCUGGUAACGAGGUUAUCAACGAUGAUACCACUACCUCCGCUGCACCAUACGUCAAGGCCGUCACUCGUGAUAUGAGAAACUACAUCAAGAGCAUGGGCUACCGCCAAAUUCCUGUUGGAUACUCUGCUGCUGAUGUCGAUUCCAACCGGAAGGAAAUGGCCGACUAUAUGAACUGUGGAAGCACCGAGGAACGCAGUGAUUUCUUCGCCUUCAACGACUACUCGUGGUGUGACCCAUCGUCUUUCACCACCUCCGGCUGGGAUCAGAAGGUCAAGAACUUCACUGGAUACGGUCUCCCUAUCUUCCUUUCCGAGUAUGGUUGCAACACCAACACCCGUGACUGGGGGGAGGUCAAGUCACUUUACAGCACCGAUAUGACUGCCGUCUAUUCUGGUGGUCUCGUCUACGAGUAUUCCCAAGAGGAGAGCAAAUACGGUCUCGUUACCCUCUCCGGAAACACUGUCACUCCCCUCGAUGACUUCACCAACCUUGUCACCGCAUUUAAGGAAACUGCAAACCCAUCUGGUGAUGGAGGAUACAACUCCACUGGAGGCGCUUCCGGAUGCCCUGUCCAGUCUGCAAACUGGAACGUCACAAGUAACGAUUUGCCUUCGAUCCCCAGUGCUGCCGCAGCUUUCAUGAAAAAGGGAGCCGGAGAUGGUGCUGGCCUGACCGGGAAGGGAUCUCAGAACGCCGGUGGAACCUCUACCGGAACUACCAGUUCGGGAUCCGGCUCUUCCGGCACCACCGGCUCUGCAUCUCCGACAUCUUCCAAGGGUGCCGGUGCUUCGCUCCAACCUCCCUUCAGCGCCGCUCCUCUGGUCGUCAGUGCCAUAACCGUGGCUUUUGCUUUCUUGGGUGCCGGCCUCUUAUAA